CUCCCUCCGUGACGUCACGGGCCGUCCCGGGGUGAGCGCCGGAGCCGCUCCGGGUCCGCGCCAGUGAGUGCUGCUGUUUGCCGGCGAGCGAGCGAGCGAGGGAGAGAGCGAGCGAGCGGCCCGGCGGAGGGCAGCGGGGGGCCGAGGGUGAGGGCGGCGGCGGCGGCGGCGGCGGCGCACCCGGCAGCGAGAGCGAGGCGCGGCGGGCACCGGCGGGCACCGGCGAGCGAGGCCGGCGAGGGCGGUAGGCGGCGGCGGCGGCGGCUCGGCGGCGGCGAGAGGAUGCUGCCGGGGAGGCUGUGCCUGGUGCCGCUCCUGCUGGCGCUGGGCGUGGGGAGCGGCGGCGGCAGCGGCGGCGGCGGCGGCGACGGCGGGGACAGCCGGCGGCGCCGCCUCCUCGCGGCGAAAGUAAAUAAACACAAGCCAUGGAUCGAGACAUCAUAUCAUGGAGUCAUAACUGAGAACAAUGACACAGUCAUUUUGGACCCUCCACUGGUAGCCCUGGAUAAGGACGCCCCAGUGCCUUUUGCAGGGGAAAUCUGUGCAUUCAAGAUCCACGGGCAGGAGCUGCCCUUUGAGGCUGUGGUGCUCAACAAGACAUCUGGAGAGGGCCGACUCCGGGCCAAGAGUCCCAUUGACUGUGAGCUGCAGAAGGAGUACACAUUCAUCAUCCAGGCCUACGACUGUGGGGCGGGGCCCCGGGAGGCAGCCUGGAAGAAGUCACACAAGGCUGUGGUCCACAUUCAGGUGAAGGAUGUCAACGAGUUUGCUCCCACCUUCAAAGAGCCAGCCUACAAGGCCAUCGUCACAGAGGGCAAGAUCUACGACAGCAUCCUGCAGGUGGAAGCCAUUGAUGAGGACUGUUCCCCCCAGUACAGCCAGAUUUGCAACUAUGAAAUUGUCACAACGGAUGUGCCUUUUGCCAUUGACAGAAAUGGCAACAUCAGGAACACCGAGAAGCUGAGCUAUGACAAGCAACGGCAGUACGAGAUCCUGGUAACUGCUUACGACUGUGGACAGAAGCCCGCUGCUCAGGACACCCUGGUGCAGGUGGAUGUGAAGCCAGUGUGCAAACCUGGCUGGCAAGAUUGGACAAAAAGGAUCGAGUACCAGCCUGGCUCAGGGAGUGUGCCCUUAUUUCCCAGUAUCCACCUGGAGACGUGCGAUGGAGCAGUGUCCUCCCUCCAGGUCACCGCAGAGCUGCAGACUAAUUACAUCGGCAAGGGCUGUGACCGAGAGACCUACUCUGAGAAAUCCCUUCAGAAAUUAUGCGGAGCAUCCUCAGGCAUCAUCGACCUCCUGCCGUCCCCGAGCGCAGCUACCAACUGGACUGCAGGAUUGCUGGUGGACAGCAGCGAGAUGAUCUUCAAGUUUGAUGGCAGGCAGGGUGCCAAGAUCCCUGAUGGGAUUGUGCCCAAGAACCUGACAGACCAGUUCACCAUCACUAUGUGGAUGAAACACGGCCCCAGCCCCGGCGUGAGAGCCGAGAAGGAAACUAUCCUCUGUAACUCUGAUAAAACUGAAAUGAACCGCCAUCACUACGCCCUGUAUGUGCACAACUGCCGCCUCGUCUUCCUCUUGCGGAAGGAUUUUGACCAGGCAGACACCUUUCGCCCCGCAGAGUUUCACUGGAAGCUGGACCAGAUCUGUGACAAAGAGUGGCAUUACUAUGUCAUCAAUGUGGAGUUUCCUGUGGUCACCCUGUACAUGGAUGGAGCAACCUAUGAACCAUACCUGGUGACCAAUGACUGGCCCAUCCACCCAUCUCAUAUCGCCAUGCAGCUUACUGUCGGCGCCUGUUGGCAAGGAGGUGAAGUGGCCAAACCUCGGUUUGCACAAUUUUUCCAUGGCAGCCUCGCCAGUCUCACCAUCCGUCCUGGCAAAAUGGAAAGCCAGAAGGUGAUUUCUUGUUUGCAGGCCUGCAAAGAAGGGCUGGAUAUUAAUUCCUUGGAAAGCCUCGGGCAAGGAAUAAAGUAUCACUUCAACCCUUCACAGUCCGUUCUCGUGAUGGAAGGUGAUGACAUUGGAAACAUCAACCGAGCCCUCCAGAAGGUCUCCUACAUCAACUCCAGGCAGUUCCCAACCGCAGGUGUCCGGCGCCUCAGACUCUCUUCCAAAGUCCAGUGCUUUGGGGAAGAUGUGUGCAUCAGCAUCCCUGAUGUGGAUGCCUACAUCAUGGUGCUGCAGGCCAUCGAACCCCAGAUCACCCUCCAGGGGACAGAGCGCUUCUGGAGGCCUGCCGCCCAGUUUGAAAGCACCAGAGGAGUGACCCUCUUCCCCGACAUCAAGAUUGUGAGCACCUUCGCCAAGAGUGAGGCCUCGGGGGACACGAGAACCACAGGCACAGCCCCCAAAUCAGCAGUCUUGGAAGAAAUGCUACACAACUUGGAUUUCUGUGACAUUUUGGUACUUGGAGGGGACUUGGAUCCAAGACAAGAGUGCUUGGAGCUCAACCACAGUGAGCUACACCAACGGCACCUGGAUGCCACUAACUCUACUGCUGGUUACUCCAUCUAUGGUGUGGGGUCCGUGAGCCGCUAUGAGCAGGUGCUGCAUCACCUUCAUUACCGCAACUGGCGCCCCACUUCCCUUGAGACCCGGAGGUUCCGGAUCAAGUGUUCAGAACUCAAUGGCCGUUAUACUAGCAAUGAGUUCAACCUGGAGGUCAGCGUCCUUCAUGAAGCCAGAGUCUCCGAUAAGGAACACGUCAACCACCUCAUUGUUCAGCCACCCUUCCUCCAGUCUGUCCAUCACCCUGAGUCCCGGAGCAGUAUCCAGCGCAGUUCAGUGGUCCCGAGCAUCGCCACGGUGGUCAUCAUUAUCUCUGUGUGCAUGCUGGUGUUUGUUGUGGCCAUGGGUGUGUACCGGGUCCGAAUUGCUCACCAGCACUUCAUUCAAGAGACUGAGGCUGCCAAGGAGGCUGAAAUGGAUUGGGAUGACUCUGCACUGACUAUCACCGUCAACCCUAUGGAGAAACAUGAAGGAUCAGGGCGUGGGGAAGAUGAGACCGAAGGAGAGGAAGAAGAGGAAGCAGAAGAAGGCAUGAGCUCCAGCAGCAGUGGCUCUGAUGACAGUGAAGAGGAAGAGGAAGAGGGGAUGGGCAGAGUCGGACAUGGGCAGAGUGGCACCAGGCAAGCCCAACUGGAGUGGGAUGAUUCCACCCUGCCCUACUAGUGCCCACAGCUCUCAAAGCCCUGGGAAAAGUACCUGGAACACAGCGGGAGUCAUAAACUUUUGGGGGUGAAGCAUCCAUCCUUUCCCUUCUUGGUGAAGACUCAGUAUAUCACUAAACUCCAAACUGACUGAGCCGUAUAGAUGCAGGUUGACCACACACACCUCUCGUAGUGUAGAGAAACCUAUGUGAAUUCCCAUAUGCUGUGCAGUAGUCGGACAGCAGCUGACACUGGGCCUGGCUCUCGGGGCAGUGAACAGUGACAGUGUUGCACACAUUUAGAACAUAUCUGAAUAACACCCACGAUGCCGUUCCUACAGAGUCUGCCCAGCCUACCAUUGUCUCUGCCUUUCCCUAAGCACUUGACAAAUACUGUUCGAAUCUAUCAUCUUCAAUCAUUAAUGAUGAGACUAAAUAUAAAGGUUCUAGGUGUAGCCAAUCUCAGGCCUUUCUCUCCUCCCACCUCUGGAUACGAACGCUGUCACCACUUUAAAACCAUGUAGGAAAAGCCUGUUUGUUCCCCCUUCCUCAACCUCAGUGCAUGGGAAAGGCCCAAGAUAGGCCUUGCUCUCCUGGAGCCUCUCUGGAGUUCACCCUACAGAGAAAAAAUAGCCACAUUCAUUGGAAUGUAUGGAAUCACCUUCCGCUUGUCCUGACUGGGCAGUAGCCGUUAGGUCACUGAGGCUGGAGUCUCUUUACCAGGAUACAGCUUCACCUGGCUACUAUCCAGCAUGUUCUUGGCACACAGCAGACUUCCGAGCCUCUUGAGCUGCCUCCAAGAAUUAAUUUCCUUAGUCUACAAAAUGUAUUUAUUUGGUAACUACGUUGUUACUGUGUGUGUGUGUGUGAGUCUGAUACAAUGCAAACCUUGAAAUGUCUUAUUAAAAGGACUUAACGAAUUCAUAGAAAAUUGAAUCUAACUUCCAAACAUGUUGUUGGUCAGUAAAGUUGCCCAGUCACAGGGGACCAGAGAAAAACCUUUUCUCCCACCCCUUUCCUUGGCACCCUCUUCCUGCCUAAUUGUGCUACUAGAUUCUAACGGAUAGAGCGAAGGGUGCUGAGAGCAUUCAUGUACAUAAAGAUUUAAGGGGAAAAUAACCUCUUGGGGAACCGGUUGAGUCUCCUCCGUCAGCUGUGAUCUUAUCAUGCCUGAAUCCCAAACUCUAAAUUUCUAACAACUUCAAUUCUUGCAGUUUCUGAGUGAUUUGUUAAGAUGCCUAUUCAACACAGACAGAUAUUUAUUUUCAGCCUUGGCUUGUAAAUGCCUACAAACUGAUUCAUGUUGGUGGUCGCUACAACACUUCUGUGAAUUGGUGAAUAAAUAUGAUUUUAGAAUUUCACAGUAAA